UGCACAAGCAUUGCGACAAGCAGCACCAUUCUUCCUCCAAGCAGAAUGACUGAAUCAGACCCAGAUCGCCCACAUGGUGGUGUUGGUGACUCGCCACCGGCUGCUGCCGAUCGCAAAAAGUGCUACGCUGCUCGGGACGCGUACUAUGAAUGCGCUGCCAAGAACAUUGGCAACGAGGCCUCUGCGUGCAGCGAACUGCGACGCGCGCUCGAGGGAUCCUGCUUGCCAUCCUGGGUGCGCUACUUUGAUCGCAAGGUGCUUUACGAGGAUUACAAACGGCGGCUCGCAGAGGAAGAGCGAGCACGAAACCAAGAACAACAACGACGAUAACUGAACGGGUUUUCGGUUAUGACUCUGAGUUUUGUAACUCUCAUCAUCAUGAAAGAACGCGCUUGGUGCAUUUACAGCUCUCAGAGAAGAAGCAUACAACGACGACUUUGCUGUGUGCAUCGUUUUCAGAAUACUGUAGUUUUCGCUUCAAUAUUCUGUAUCAAUGUGGAUUGAUCUGAAAACGUC